AGUCUUCAUUUAUUGGGUCCCUAUAUAUAGGGAUAAAUAUUCAAAUUUGUUUUAAAGCAAAGAAAACAGAGCCAAAAUUAACCACCGCCGGAAGACCGUGAAGAUCCAAAUCUCCGGUUGAACUUCAAAUGGAAUCCUCUUACUUUUCGUUUUCCGAUUCAGAUUUCUCGACGGAUUCUUCAUUCGGAUCAACUGAAUCAUCGUUCUCAUGGACUGAUUUUUUAUCAAUCCACAGUGCGCUAGAAAACUCAAUCGGAAUCGAAGAGUUUCUCGGGAAACAAAAAUUGGAUUCGGAAUCGAAAAUCGUAGUGAAAGAAGAAAUCGAAGUUAACUCGAUCGAUUUUAAGGAGGAGAAACAGAGGAAGACGACGGAGAAGAGUUACAGAGGUGUGAGACGGCGGCCAUGGGGUAAAUACGCGGCGGAGAUUAGGGAUUCAACGAGACAUGGAGUUAGGGUUUGGCUUGGAACUUUUGACAGCGCUGAAGCUGCUGCUUUAGCUUAUGAUCAAGCGGCAUUUUCGAUGAGAGGAACAAUGGCGGUGUUGAAUUUUCCGGUGGAAAUGGUGAGGGAAUCAUUACAGGAUAUUGAGUAUGAAUUGGAAGAGGGAUGUUCGCCGGUGGUAGCCUUGAAGAGGAAACACUCAAUGAGAAGGAAGUCGGUGGCGGCGGCGACGGCGGCGGUGGCGGUGGAGAAGAAGAAGAUGAAGAAAAAGAACAAUGUGGUGAUUUUGGAAGAUUUGGGAACAGAGUAUUUGGAGGAACUUUUGAUGUUAAGUUCAUGUGAGAGUACAAGUCCUUUUUAAUAUUUUUUUUCCCCAUGGAUUUGUGAGGUUUACCAUAGAGGAAGAGAGAAAAAGAAAAUGUAAAUAUAUCCCUUUUAUUUUUUAUUUUCAGCCAUUUUCAUUUACUUGUGAAGGUUAAAGAUUUGAGGGAUAUAAAGUAUAUCAAAGUAAAGUGAGGAUGUUGAUGAUAGUUUAGUACAGUUUAGUACAAUGGUCUUAAUUGUCAAUAAUGUAAUUUUCUUGUUUUGUUUUUUCUUGCAUUUCUUUCCACAUAUAAAUAGUAAUGGAAAAAAAAAAAUUAAAUUAUAA